UCCGGAUUUUUAUUUUAAGCAAACAUCCUGUAUCAUAGGUACAUCUCUGGGGUUUGUAACAAACUAAACAGCUGGAAAAUCGGCGGUAAAUUCAGCGAAUUAUGAUGAUUUUAGUGUGGACAGACCUUCUGCUCUCAUACACAGACAGGCAUUAGGAGACGCAGCCUCGCCCCUGGGAACAUGGCGGCCGCGAUGACGUGUUGACAUAAUAGGCAGAACUGGAUCAUGCGGCAUCUAGUGUAAAUAUCUGUGAUCAAGACAAGGGCGUAGUUUUAGUCACAGCCCCAUAUCAGUAUUUUUGGAGGACGGAAGUGUCUCUACCAAUAUUUGAGCAAAGCCGUGCACAUUAUCUGACUGAGUGAAAGGGAGGGGCGAUCUAAAGCUCCGGUUACGUGCAGAUGUAAUAUUUGCUCCCAGACACGGAGGUGGUGACAACUGUCGGACAGCGUGCUGACAACGUUAUGUUACAGUGGCUGACAUCGCUUUCCCUCCUACAUGUUUCUGGGAAUUGGCCAGAUGACCACCACAAUUGUUAUCCUUUAUGCUGCCAAAAAGAUCAAGAUGGUCCAGUUUCAGGAUUUGGACAGAAAUGUUCUUUUAAAAAUUUUCCCUCUUCCUUUGCUGUAUGUGGGGAACCAUGUGACAGGACUGGCAAGCACCAAAAAGCUCAGUUUACCAAUGUUUACAGUUUUACGGAAGUUCACCAUACUGAUGACAAUGAUGUUGGAAAUAUAUGUACUAAGAGUUUGUCUUUCAGGAAAACAUUUCCAAGACGCCUUGUGUACAGUAUUUUGGCCAUAGUCCUUGGUGCCAUGGUUGCUGCAUGUUCUGACCUGGCCUUUGACAUGGAGGCCUAUACCUUCAUCCUGCUCAAUGAUGCCUUCACUGCUGCCAACAAUGUGUACACCAAAAUGAAAGUUGGCAUUGAGGACCUUGGAAAAUAUGGUGUCUUAUUUUACAAUGCACUAAUCAUUAUCAUCCCUACUCUCUUGGCGAGUGCAUCUACUGGGGAUUUACAUGAGGCAGUUUUAUUUGAGGACUGGGUCAAUGUUACAUUCAUCAUUUGUUUCCUUAUGUCCUGUUUCAUGGGGUUUGUGUUGAUGUAUUCCAUAGUCCUGUGCAGCUAUUAUAACUCAGCGCUCACUACCACAGUAGUGGGGGCAAUAAAGAAUGUUGCAGUAGCCUAUAUUGGCAUCUUUGUGGGUGGAGACUACCUGUUCUCUUGGACUAACUUCCUAGGCCUCAGCAUUUGUAUGUCUGGUGGACUAGUGUACUCGUAUCUCACCUUCAGCAACAAAUCCUCUGGGAGCAAUGCAAAAGGAGCACAGGAACUUAAGAUCCACAUUACAGAAGAUUCAGCAGAGACGUGCUCUGCUAAAUAGACAAUAUUUUAGUAUCCAACACUUGGUGGCAUCGUUCUAGAUAAGAGGCCUUUAUUGUCAAUGCAUUCAGUAAAGAAAGUCACUUUCGGCUUUUCCUGUUUUUUAGGGGUUGCCACAGCAAAUCGUCACAGUGACG